CCAAAACGAGCAUCUUUUCGUAUCAGUGCGAAUUCGCUAGUCACCGUUGUCUCUUGACUUCUUCCUACGUUGGAAAUGGAUUGCGGCUGUGUUUCGGGCUACGUCGGUCCAUCGCUGGACCAGACUUGCGGAGGCGGCGCUUUAUUUCUCUUCAUGAGCCUGCUGGACACUUUCAUUCGGAACAAGUGUGAUAUUUCCGAAUUAUGCCAGCGAGUUGUUCCCAAGAGGAGGCCAGAUCCCGAGUAUGAUUUUGUUGUGAUCGGCGGGGGCAGCGGAGGUGCUGCUGCGGCAGGGAGGUUGUCGGAAGUUCCAGGGUGGAAGGUGCUGUUGAUUGAGGCUGGAGAUGAUGAACCAGCCGGGGCUCAGGUACCAUCAAUGGUCAUCAGCUACCACGGCAACAAGUACAUCGACUGGAACUACAAGACAGAACCUGAAAAAGUCGCAUGCCAGGGUUUCCCGGAAAAACGUUGUUCAUGGCCAAGGGGCAAAGUUCUAGGGGGGUGCAGUGUCAUAAACGGCAUGAUGUAUACUCGAGGAACUCCUCAAGAUUACGACAACUGGGCUGCAGCGGGUAACGAAGGAUGGAGCUACAAAGACGUCCUUCCAGUGUUCAAGCGAUUCGAGGACAACAAGGACAUCGGAACGUUAGUCGAGGCGAAGUAUCACGGAACGGGAGGACCUCUAACCACAACCAGAUUCAACGAUCAACCCCAAAUGGCUCAUGACAUUCUCAAGGCAGCCGAAGAAAUCGGAUAUAAAACGACAACGGAUCUGAACGGAAAAGAUUUCUCUGGAUUCACCAUUGCACAGUCCAACACCAGAAAUGGAGUCCGUCUUAGUAGUGCCAAAGCAUAUUUACGCCCGGCAAGAUUCAGACCAAAUCUACACAUCAUGCUCAAUUCAACAGCGACCAAAAUCAUAGUUAACAAAACCGGAGAAAAGAAAACCAUUCAAGGAAUUGAGUUUCUUUAUCAGGACAAGUUAUUUUCUGUUCGAGUUAAAAAAGAAGUUAUUCUAGCUGCAGGUGCUCUCAACAGCCCCCAAAUACUUCUAUUGUCAGGAAUAGGACCAAAAACUGAAUUAGAUAAGAAGAANUAUAUUUUGAAUAGGAAAGGCCCAAUGUCUUCAACAGGCAUGUCACAAGUGACCGCACGAAUCAACUCCAAGUACGCAGACCCAAGCGGAACAAAUCCAGAUCUUCAGAUAUUUUUCGCAGGUUUCUUGGCAAAAUGUGCACAAUCAGGCGAAGUCAGAGCACUGGAAGAUCCAGAACACCCAAAAAAUCCUAAAGUUCUUACUGUAUCUCCAGUGACCCUUCAUCCAAAGAGCAAAGGAUAUGUAGGAUUACGUUCGAAAGACCCUCUCAAGCCUCCUGUGAUGGUGGCGAACUAUCUAACGGAACAGGCAGAUGUGGACGUUUUGGUGGCUGGAAUUAGAGUAACACAGAGGCUUGCAAACUCAUCUGUACUGAAAGAAAAAUAUGGAAUUGAACUGCCAAGGAAAGAUUAUGGAGAUUGUUCGAAAAAAUAUGGGUAUGACACGGACAACUUCUGGCAGUGUGCAGUGCGAUAUUAUACCGGUCCAGAAAAUCAUCAGGCCUGCUCUUGUAAAAUGGGUCCUUCUUCAGAUCCAAUGGCCGUUGUUGACAAUAAACUGAGGGUUCACGGAAUCGAAGGCCUCAGAAUAACCGACGCUUCAGCGAUGCCCAUACUGGUAUCAGGAAACACUCACGCCACUAUAGUGAUGAUGGCGGAGCGAGGAGUGGACUUUAUUAAAGGAAAGUGGUUGACUGCGAGUGACAUAGGAAACAGAAACGGAGCGGAUGGUUCCGGUCAGGGUAACAGGUUUUCGGGACAAGGUCAUCACACGCACUGGGGAGUUAAAAACCCAUCAAAUGGUUUAGGUCAGAUUCAUCAGUCAGGAAACAAGAGAAAUAACUAUGAUGAAGCUUUCCAUCAUCAAUUUCAUCAUUGGAAUCAUCAUGGCGUUCGCGGGCCUGCGUUCGAAGGAAUGUACCGUCAAUGAUUACAAUCGUCAACCUAGACUUUAAUUAAUGCAGAUACGAAAAUUCCAAACAACUCGAAGUGAUGGAUAUUCUGAUUCCUUUUCUCUUGUUUCUGUGGUAUUGUUUGGUAGAACAUCGACAGUUUCAAAAAAGUUGUAGAAAAUCAUUUCGCUCGCUUAGAUUGAACAGAAAGAUAUAUUCAAAUAUUGCAGUUAAUUUUAUCAUUGUCUGGAAAAAACCAUCGUCAUUACGAAACAUAUUACUUGAUCCCAUAGUCGAAUUAUUGAAAAAUUAAAAUACUUUCAGUUGUUCAUGUUGGUGAUGUUUUUGAUAAAUUUCUUAAGAUAUAUUCAGUAAAUUUUUCUGAAACAUUGUCAUUCAACAAGGAGAAGAUUUGUUUGUUUUUACCUCUCAUUGUUAUUAUUUUUCCAUUACAUUUUUUCAACUUUAAUGAGUCAUCAAUUUUUCUAGGUUAGACUGUUGUUCAUGAAGUGUUCGUCAUGAAAAAUAAAUGAUUUUGUUUCUUCGAUUGUUACUGUUUCUUUGAAAGUCACUAAAAUACCUUUGUGUUAUUGAGUUCUUACUGAAAAAUUUGGCAGAUACUUGAUGGAAAUACAAUAUAAUGUAUU